CGACAGAGCGAGCCGCCGUAGAAUCGCUUACAAACUAUCGCGCCUCCUCAAUCAACCGAAUGUUGACGUUUACAACAGGGACUACAGCCCGCUCCGCUACAGCUUGCUGACAACACGGGCUGGUCUUUCCAGCAGAGACUUGAGGGAGAAACGUCUAGUGCAAUUCCAGCAAGAUAAGGUUGAAUGUAUCAAAUUUCGUAAAUGGUCGACAGAAACGACAGAGUCCCCAUGAUGACUGGCAGGACAAGGAGAUCAACCAUCGGCCCCACGCCAGUGGGGGGCAAUUCGAAACAAGCCAAUGGCAGCAAGCAGAGCAGCGCAGGGGAAAAAACGCCAAGCCAUCCGAGCCACAGCAACGGGAAGGUGAAGAAGGAAAAACAGGAGCACGAGCCGGUCAGGACACCACAGGAGAGGAGUACAAUCUGCGAAAGACUCAGCUGCCAUGUCCUCCAGGAGUCCCUGCUCAGCUCAGCCAGUGGAUACAGUAACUAUAGAGGCAUCCUCAACUGGUGUGUGGUCAUGCUGGUCUUGAGCAACGCACGCCUUUUCCUGGAGAAUCUUCUAAAAUAUGGGAUAUUGGUGGAUCCCAUCCAAGUUGUUUCACUGUUCUUAAAAGACCCAUAUAGCUGGCCUGCACCAUGCCUUGUCAUUGUCUCCAACGUGUUCGUAAUGGCAGCUUUGUACACGGAGCGGAGGCUAUCUGUGGGCACCAUCUCAGAGACGACUGGAACAUUCCUUUACUUGGUCAAUCUGACUACCCUCCUCUGUUUUCCAUCAGCCACUGUGCUCACGCUGACCUCCAUGACCCCAGCUGGUGGAGUCUUUGCCCUGGGUGUGUACACCAUCCUCUUCAUGAAGCUGUACUCCUAUAAAGAUGUUAACAUGUGGUGCAGAGAGAUUAGACAUACCAAAGCCCGCACCCUGACCCGCUCCCAUUCAUGUCCAUCUGUGGCCCAGUCAAAUGGAUCAGCUGUACAUUCUCAUGUGUCCUACCCUGGGAAUCUCACACACAGAGAUAUGUAUUACUUUGUGUUUGCCCCAACACUCUGCUAUGAGCUGAACUUCCCCCGGUCACCACGGAUACGCAAGAGCUUCCUGUUGAGGAGACUCUUUGAGAUGCUUUUCUUCAUACAGUUACUGAUUGGAUUGGUACAACAGUGGAUAGUGCCGACGAUUCAGAAUUCCAUGAAACCAUUCCAGGAUAUGGACUUUUCCAGAAUGAUGGAGCGCAUGUUGAAACUGGCUGUUCCCAAUCAUUUAAUCUGGCUCAUCUUUUUCUAUUGGUUUUUCCACUCUUCCAUGAACUUCGUAGCUGAGCUGAUGCAGUUUGGAGACAGGGAGUUUUACCAGGACUGGUGGAACUCUGAGACGGUCACUUACUUCUGGUCUAACUGGAACAUUCCUGUGCACAAGUGGUGCCUCCGCCACUUUUACAAGCCCAUCAUGAGGAGGGGAGUGAAUAAGUGGGUCGCCCAGACGGCCGUCUUCCUGGUCUCCGCCUUCUUUCACGAGUACUUGGUGAGCGUUCCUCUGAAAAUGUUCAGACUGUGGGCGUUUAUGGGCAUGAUGUCUCAGAUCCCACUCGCCUGGUUUGUCGGCCGCUUCCUGAGAGGUAACCAUGGCAACGCUGCGGUCUGGAUCUCGCUCAUCAUUGGCCAGCCCGUCGCCGUGCUGAUGUACGUCCACGACUAUUAUGUAAUACAUUACAUGUCACAAUCAUGAACAGUUGGUCGCAAGCAGAGGAGCAAUACAUUAUACUAAAGGACAAAUUGAAUGUCAAAUGGUUUACUUUGAAAGGGAAAUAUAUGAAGCUUGACUGAAUUAGUAAGAAUUUUACACUAAGUAAAUAGUUUGGCCUCCAGAAACAAUUUCUCUAAUGCACUUAUACAUCAGAGAGACUUGGCUCCCGUCCUAUCAUUGCUGUGAAACACUGCCCUGACAAAACUAGAGAACAUUUGUAGGCCUUUUCUCUGUUUCUUACUUAGUCUACAAUUAUGAAGAUCAACGCAGACAUUCCUAUAGAUAAACCUUACUAUCGGUGUGCUGCUUUUUCACAUGCGUUUGACACGUCUUUUUUGCCUUUGAUUAAAUGACCUGAGUAUUUUAUUUGAAGUUGUGUGAACUCAUGUGGCUGCAGUAAUAACCAGUCACAUGUAUUGUGCAUAAGUCAAGCCAAAUCUGUUAUUACACUUGUGAAACUGUAAUGUGUUUGCACUACACUGCAUGCUGUUUGCUAAUAAAUAUAUUUUUUUUUUGCUAUAAUCUUUGUAAAUUAUAUAAAUGGAACUGGUGGAGUUGAUGCACAUGCAGCUAAGAAAAAUAUGGAAAUGUCUGUUCUACUCCAUUACAACCAACUAAUUGCAGCAUUACCACAAAUGGAGGAGGCAAGUGGAAGGGGGAGAAAGUAAGGAACUUGUCUGUCGGUGCUGCGUUAGACAAAUUGUGGUAAAUAGAAAGUAUACCAGUUUCAUUUUAAGGACCAAGAAAUGUACAGCUGUGCCAUAUUGCAAAAUAGCUAGGAAUAGAUUUAAUGUACUGAUUCCAUGGCACAUGUUUAUGAACUGAUACACAAAACAACGCCGGAUUCAAGACUUUGUUUUUCAAUUAAAAUGAUUUUUACAAAAAUCUUGCAAUCCAAUAGAAUGUUAUAGGGGAUACAACCAUCCCAGCUCUGCAUAUUUUGCUGCGAAGAGACAAUCAUUAUCAUUUGUUUUGGUACUGUCCAUAUGUAGCUUGUUUUUGGUCACAGGUUCAGGAAUGGCUGAAAUUGCAACAUUUACCUGGAGGAGUUAACUCAGCAAAUAGCACUGCUGGGUGAUUUUAAAGUCAGUCAAAUCAAUAAAUAACUCUUGGCAAAAAUUAUUUAAUCUGUAAACUGAGAAUAGAAAAGGUUCAGAACUUUGAAACGGCACAGUUAAAAUAUGGAAAAUAAAUCAAAACUGGAUGGUGAGAUAGCUGAGGGGAGGGUAUAAGCUGGAAGUAGAAGCCUAAACAUGGUUGUCCAUUAGUUACCUCCAAUUAGGGAAGGGGUGGUAGAGUUGAGGAAAAUAUAUUUACCAAAAGUCAAUCUACCCCUCCCCCCCAAAAAUGUACUAAAUAAGACGAGUGCUCAUGAUAUAUUCAAAGAGCAUCAGCGCUUAAGUACAAUGUAUUGUAAAAUAAGUUUUAUAUGCCGAUAUUGCCAUCCUAUUAAAGAUGCUGGUGAUCCAAAUAGUAACAAGCAUAUCGAUUGUGUUGUACCAAACAUACAGUAUGCAUGUAUCCCUUUACGCCAUUCCAGACCUGCACUGCAGUGAUCCUGUGUUGUCACUAGUAUACUGGAACUGUGGUCUAGUUAGCCCUCAACCCUUCAUGUUCAGUAGGACCGUCUAAACAUGCCUUUUCUUCAGCAAAGGGUCUACUCAUUCAUGCCCAUGUGCCUGACAUCUCUACAUGAGCCACAUAAACCAAAUCCAGCCUGUAUUCUCACUUCAGAGAAACUAAAGUGCUUAGUUUCUAUUGUCAUGUAUUGUAGAAAAUAAGUAUUGGUUGAGUUCGGUUUUAAUUCUUUCUUUACACUUCAUUCAGGAAGGUUACUCAUUUACAAUUAAGAUUAGUGUGUAUUUGAUGGGCAGGUAAGAGGUAUUUUCAGAAUGUGAUGUUUGUUUAUACUGUAGUAACUCAACUAAAGAUCUAUUUUAAGCCCCCAAUCUAGUGGGUGAUAUGUUUCUAGAACCUUGAAUACCAGUGUGAAGUCAGGAUUGCAGAUGUAGGUGAGCAGAUUGUUUUCUAUGAAAUUAAAUCCUGCCUGUGGAACUGUAA